AUGAAGUACAGUUACCAGUCCCCUGUGUCUCAGUACACACGAUACAGUACAUACACUCCAACACACUACACUCCUACUAAGUACACACCAACACAUUACUCUACCACUCAAUAUACACCCACUAAGUACGUCUCGACGAAAUACACCCCAACACACUACACCCCUACGUAUCACACCCCGCCAGCCUACACACCUGCUUACAAAACCACCUCGACUUACACCCCAAUAUACAGCAGACCAACACGGCAAAGCACCACACAACGCACAUCCACCACUUCAUCUGUCACACUCAAACCCGCCCGGGCUGUACAUUUCCCAAAUGAUGUCGUUUUUCAGGACUAUGUGCGUCACGGAGAACUGGAACAGAUUGGUCGUUUUAUGAGGGCGAGAAAAGUACGCUUGGACACCCUCUUCCAUUCGGGCAUGGCAGCGCUCCAUGAGGCUGUUCUCUCAGGGAAUUUGGAGUGUGUAAAGUUACUGGUUAAGUACGGAGCUGAUGUCCAUCAGAGAGAUGAGGACGGGUGGACGCCGCUGCAUAUGGCCUGUAGCGAUGGCUAUCCAGAGAUAGCACGAUAUCUACUCUCUUUGGGCGCCAGCACAGAGGCAGAGAAUGAGAACGGGGAGAAACCUGCUGACCUCAUUGACCCAGACUGUACAGAGUUGGUCAAACUGUUUGAAGUGGGCUGUGUCUAA